AUGAAUGAGAACCCUCAUGCGCAUCAUGAAGGUGUAGAGGAGAAUGUUGAAGAGGUUGGACAAGAGGAAGAGGUGCAGGCUGAGGCUACAAGUAUUCCUCCUAUCGACCCAGUGUUAGCUCGACAGAUCAUGUCAUUAUUGAAAGGGUUGGCUGGUCCUGGAGUGCUUCCAUUUGUUCAAGCAACUCAAGCUCCUGCUAAUCCCCCUAAUGCUAGCACUGCGCCCAAGACGGGUAGAACGAGAGGGAGGAGUUUUAAUGAGGUAAUAGAUUAUGUUAAGAAAGUGGAGGGGGUGAGGCGAGACAGAUCGUAUUCUAGAGGUUCAGGGAGGCCAACACUGGCAGCCAAGCCAAUUCAGUGCGCUAUGCCCGCCUCUACAGGUAACUACUCAGGAACUCCAUCUUAUAAUUUUCAGGAUAGCCAGGGAGUAGCGUCUUUGACGGGAGGCAGACCAUGUUUUGAUCAUACUUGCUACAAUUGUGGAGAACCUGGGCAUAUGAGGAGAGAUUGUCCCCAUCCGCGUGUUUUUGAUUCCGCGCAGCAGUGGGGCUCGCUAGCUAUUAUCGUUGAUUUGUGA